AUGCCAUCACCACAACCCUUCCCCACAACACCCCUCGCCCGUCUAACAGACCACAAAGGCCCCGUCCACGCCGUCACAUUCUCAGCGGGAACAGGCCAACACGUCCUCACCGGCUGCCAGGACCGCCAAGUCCGGCUCUUCAAUCCAAAUACCAGAAGACUCAUCCAAACAUAUUCCGCUCAUGGCUACGAAGUUCUCGAUCUUGCAGUGAGUGAAGAUAAUGCCCGUUUUGUCUCUGGUGGUGGGGAUAAGACCGUCUUCCUUUGGGAUGUUGCCACUGCUGUGACAACGAGGCGCUUCGCGGGACAUGCCGGACGUGUCAAUGCUGUUGCAUUCGGAGGCGAAGGUGAUGGCGUUGUGAUUAGUGGGAGUUUUGACGGGACUGUGAAGGUAUGGGACGCGAAGUCGAGGAGUGAUAGGGCGAUUUGCACGUUUUCGGAGGCGAAGGAUGCUGUUUCGAGCAUUGCGGUGCAUGGGCAUGAGAUCUUUGCGGGGUCUAUCGAUGGAGGGGUCAGGGUUUAUGACCUGGCUAUGGGCCACGUUGACAGCGAUGUUGUGGCGCCUGGGAAGGGUGUCACGAGUGUCGUGCCGACCAAGGCGGGAGACGGGUACCUUGUGAGCUCGCUAGACAGCACUUUGAGGCUGAUGGAUCGCAGCACAGGGAAGUGUCUACAGAGUUUCAAGGAUGAUUCAGGAUUCAAAAAUGAUACGUAUAGGAUGAGGAGUGCAUUGGGCAUGGGUGACGCGUAUGCAUUCAGCGGGAGUGAGGACGGGAGAGUCGUCGUCUGGGAUGUGCUCACUGGCGAUGUUGUGCAUCGUUUGUGGCACAAGGAACAGCUCGGCUCGGCAAUUAACGAGACUCCAAGCAAGAAAGAUGUGGUCAGCGCUGUCGCUUGGAAUCAGCUAAGGAAGCAGUGGGCUAGUGCUGGAGGUGACGGCAGCGUAGUGGUAUGGGGAAGUACAGAAUGA